AUGUUUAGUGUUGUGUUUGGUAUUGCCCUGUCAGGUUAUGCAAUGGGUGAUGUUGCACAUGUACAAGAGAGCCAGCUGCUUAACAACUUGAAGAUUGUUCCGAGUCCAUCAAUGGUUGAAAUAUUGAAGGACAUGAAGAGCGUUUUUUCAUAUGUGACGGGAGAUGAAAAGUUUGAUGGGGAAGGUAUCAAGAUAAAGCAUGAGGGUAGGACCUUUAUAGCACAAAGCGCUGAGGAUGUUGAAAAGGCGAUGGAUGUUCUGAAGAAAUACCCUGCCCCAACUGAAGGAGCCAUCAAUGCCAUGAAGUCUGAAGAAGUGGGCUCAAAAAGCCGGCAAGGAAAUUUCAUUGUGUACUUUUUGGAUAGUUCUGGAUAUAAGGAAAACUUGCAAAGCAACAAAGAAGGUUUUGAGGGAUUUGUAUCUACGGAUUUGUCCCUUGCAUCUUCACUAGGAAUUCCAGUUCCUGGUAUAUACGGAUAUAAUUCAAGUGACAAACUGUCAUACAAGUUGGAGCUAAGUGAUGAAAACAAUAAGAGGAUUCUUUCUUUAUCGAAUCUUCCGAUUUUUGGAUUUACUUCAUCGGCCAAUAUUUCACUAUACAGAGCGCUGAGCGGGACUAUUUUUUAUAUUUUCUUUGAUAUGAAAAAUGGGCCUGAGGUGCUGGCAGAGUAUUCUGGAACUUUAAAUGACUUUAGGUAUGACAUAAGGGUGAUACUUAUUCCAAGCAUCAAGGGAAGCAUUGAUCUUGGUGAAUAUGGGCUGACAGAAGAAAGCCUGCCUGGAUGUAUGUCAAUCAGCGAGGACGGAGGAAAGUAUAUUUUGAAAAACGUAUCCAGGGAGAAUAUUUCAGGGUUUAUCAAGGAUGUGCUAGAUAAGAAGGCCGAGAUAUUCUACAAAUCCCAGGAUGAGCCCGAAGAUAAUGCUAGCAGGAAUGUAAAAGUUGUUACUAGAAAUAACAUCAAAACAUAUCUCGAAGAUACAUCUAAAGACAGAUUCAUAGUGUUUGGAACUGAGAGAUGCCCCCAUUGCAUCCGGAUCAAGCCCAUAAUUGAGAGAUUAGGUGAGAUUGUAAAGGAGAAUGCCAAUGAUAAGGUGCUUGUUGGUUACUGUGAUGUUGGGAUGAACGAUAUGAAUGAUUUUGAUAUUCAAUUUGUUCCAACUCUUCUACUCUACAAGUCUGGGGGGAGGGAGAGUGUUCGAUAUUCUGGUGGAGAGAGAAAUCUUCUGAAUCUGGUUAGGUUUAUUCGUGAGUUUGGAGGGCUAGGUAUUGACUUGUCCAUGUUUGUGACGCCUGAGGGUGAAGAAAGAAAGUUCGAGGUAGGGGAUGAGGCCGAUGCAGUAAAAGAGGAAGAUGUAAGGGCAGAGCUCUGA